AUGGAAUGUAAUAAAGAAGUAGCUACGAGGGCUAGAGAGAUGGCAGAGAGGAAAUUUCUAGCUAAUGAUAUUUCGGGGGCUAGGAAAUUUGCCGUGAAGGCUCAGUUCUUGUAUCCCGAUCUUGAUGGAAUUUCCAAAAUGGUGGCCACAUUUGAUGUGCAUUUAUCUGCCCGGAAUAUAAUAAAUGGGGAGAUAGACUACUACGGUGUCCUUGGUCUAAAUCCCGAGGCUGAUGACCAAACAGUGAGAAAACGUUACAGAAAGUUGGCUGUAAUGCUUCAUCCUGACAGGAACAAGUCGAUCGGAGCAGAGGAAGCCUUUAAGUUUCUUUCGCAGGCAUGGGUUGUGUUCUCUGACAAGGCAAAGAGAGCUGACUAUGACUUGAAGAGGAAUAUGGGAUUGUAUGAGGCAAGAGGGGCUUCAUCAUCAAAGCCUGCAAACAAUGGAUUUCAGAAAGUCGCUAAAACUAGUAGUAAUACUACAAAAGUGAAGAGUUCAAAGAGAGGUAUAAAAAGAGCAAGCGAUGCCUCUGCAGCUGCUACUACUUCUGCUUCGGGCCAUAAAACUACUGCUGAGGCAACCUUUUGGACUGUAUGCCGCACUUGCAGAACACAGUAUGAGUAUCAUCGUGUUUACCUAAAUCAGAACCUCCUGUGUCCCAACUGUCGUAAGCCGUUCAUAGCUGUGGAAACAGAUCCUCCGGGUUCAGGUUCGAUCCGCAAGACCUUUCACGAGCACCAAUUCGACUCUAUCCGUCACACAGCAGACGGAAGAAAGAAAAGUGUACCUGGAAGAGACAAUAAUGGGGUGUAUGGUGAAUAUGAUUCCUGUGAGUGGGGUGUGUUCACUGGAACCAAAAAUGCUGUUCAUACUGCGCAGACUGGGUCACGAAAAGACGAUGUUGUGCGUAGAGAAUAUAACAAAAGGGUGUCUGGUGUUUCACCAACAAAUCCUCCUAAAAGAAGAAAGGGUAUGGAUAAUACAGUUGCUGGGGGAAACAUUGCAAGUUAUUUUGCUGCAAAGUCCAACAGCAUGAGAGAAUUUUCUGAAGAUGAGCUGAAAAAUGCAUUGAUGAAGAAAGCUAAGCCAGUAAUCAGCAGAAUGCAAGAAUUAUGCACGACUGUUGAAGAAACUGGAACUGCAGCUAAUGGAAAGGGUAUGGAAACUGAGGGUCACAAUGCAGGUUCUUCAGAAAAUGAAAAUGCCAUUAAAUCAUGCUGCGUGGACUCCAUUCAGGAUACUUGUAUUGAAAAGGAUUUGAAUUCCUUGGGAGACUUGACGGUAGACGUUCCUGAUCCAGAUUUUUGUGACUUUGACAAGGAUCGUACUGAAAAGUCAUUUAGGGAUAACCAGAUAUGGGCUUGUUACGAUUUCUUUGAUGGGAUGCCUCGAUCCUAUGUCAUGAUACAUAAGGUUUUUUCCGAAGAUCCACUCAAGAUGCGUAUCAGUAGGCUUGCUUCCGUAACAAAUAGUGAACUUACCUCAACGAAGUGGCUUGGUUUUGGUAUUCCAAAAACUUGUGGAGAUUUUCGAGUUGGGAAAACCCAAAUCUGCAGGUCACCUUACAUUUUCUCACACAAAGUAAAGCUGAUCCAAGGCAAGCACGGAAAAUUUCUUAUAUAUCCUAGAAAAGGCGAUGUAUGGGCUCUAUAUAGGAACUGGUCCCAUGACUGGAAUUAUCUUUCAAGUGGUGAAACAACUGAGUACGAUAUAGUCGAAGUAGUUGAAGGAUAUACAGAUGAAUAUGGUGUAUCAGUGGUUCCUUUGGUUAAAGUUGCGGGUUUCAAAUCUGUGUUUCACCAUCAUUUGGAUCCCAAAGAAAUCAGAAGGAUCCUAAGGGAUGAAAUUCCAAGAUUCUCUCAUAAGAUACCGUCUUACUUGCUCACAGGCCGAGAAGCACCCGGUGCACCCAGAGGUUGUAGACAGCUCGACCCAGCAGCAACACCGUCACAGCAUCUUCAGUAUAUCGAUGAUCACUGGUAA